CUCCGUCGUCACUCCCUAAUUAGGUAAAUCGUUAGGGAGCGACGAAGUAAACAAUCUGACUCAGCCGGAGAUUUACCCUUCUGUGUCGAUUCAGCGAAAAAUAUGGGGGCGGGUUUCAUCGUCGGAGUCGUCGGAGUCUUGAUUUUAUCACACGCAGCUUACUCCACUAUACAGUAUAGGUCUCUACUGAAGAUCACGGAGGAAGUUUUUUCUGGACCUCCAAUCAAUGUGGUGAUUGAGUUGAUAGCAGGGCUAGUGUUAUGUAUGUGGGCGGCUUUGACCGUCCCUGGAAAGUUUUUGUCCAUACUUCCUCAUUCAGACGAGAACAGGGUGGUGAGUUUACCUGCCAAUCUGGAUUUCAUGAUCUUCAACCACCGAGGAAAGGCAUUUCCCCUGGAUAUGGAUGUGAAGCUCAAGUGAUGUGAUGCAUGCAUGAAUGAAUGCCAUGCCAUAUUUUGCUUAAUUUGUGAGAUGUAUUGUCUCAUAUCUGCUGUUCUGUUGAAUACGAAGCCAUUAUUUGUUUAGUUUGUCUGCUUUGUGGCAAAACUAAAUUACCACUA